AAAAUUGGUUAUCUUUUAAAAAGUAACCAUACAGUUUAUUUGUAUAUAAAUUACCAAUUGUAUCAAAAUGCUUGGGUGUGAAUGUUUAUUUGAUGCGGUUGUUCAGGGAUUGUAGACAUUUUGGCGCUCCAACGAAACCUGAAAGAACAAGUGUAUUUUAAUUGCUUGGAGAGCUGUUCAUUAAAGUAAGGUGAAAAACACCGGAAAUUGCUUCGUCUUCAAAAUAAAAGCGCGACAUUUCUCACACCAUUUCUAACCAAAUGAAAGUAUCUUGGUCUUUUUUUUAAAAAAAUAAAAUGAAAUAAAAUAAAACAAUAGUCCUGUGUGAGGGAAAUUAAGAAGCUUUCCAUUUGAGUAUGGUAUCUUUGGACGUCUAUUUAACACUGUUGGCACAGUGGGAGCUUUAUUCAGACAUUAUGAGCGGAUACUGAUUUCACUAGACGGUCAACUUUACACUGGUGACAAAAUCAGCUGUGCUCGCCGUGGUACCCGCACAUCCAGCAGCACAUCCCGUUGAUAACUGGGAGUCGACGAGGGAGACAGAGUGAAUCCGCAGGCGUUAUAAUCAUAACGCAACUGGAAAAGGAAAAAGAAAAACUCUUCCAGGGAAAGUGGGAAAUGGGACAUUUAGGGAAUUCAUCCAGUCUCCGGUCUCCAAUCAGCUCCACAUUAAAGUGGAGCGGAACUCUCGGACGCGCUGCCGGACCUUUGCUGCGCCUCGGCGCGCUCCGCGAGGCAUCAACCCCACAAUGAUAGCAGCUCGGCUCUAACUAUGGGCGCGCACAUCCUGGAGUCCAACUCCAGCGCCAACCUGACGCCCGCGGUGUCCGAGGCUGGGAUCACGCUGCCGGGCUACCUGGUGGUGAUCUUCUCGGUCCUCAUGGUGACUCUGGUGAUCGUGGUGGUGGCCGGGAACGCGCUGGUCAUCAUGGCUUUUAUCGUGGAUAAAACCCUGAGGAAUCAGAGCAACUACUUCUUUCUGAACCUCGCCAUCUCCGAUUUUCUCGUGGGUGCUUUCUGCAUCCCAGUGUACAUCCCCUACAACCUGACAGGCAGGUGGAUGCUGGGGAAGGGGCUCUGCAAGGUCUGGCUGGUCAUGGACUACCUGCUCUGCUCCGCCUCUGUCUUCAACAUUGUCCUCAUUAGUUAUGACCGCUUCCUGUCAGUCACCAGGGCAGUUAAAUACAGAGCGCAGAGGAACAUCACCCGCCAAGCGGUGCUGAAGAUGGUGGCGGUCUGGCUGCUGGCGUUCCUCCUUUACGGCCCCGCGAUCAUCUUCUGGGAGGCCAUCGUGGGCCAGAGCGUAGUCCCGGCCCACGAGUGCUACGCAGAGUUUUAUUUCACUUGGUACUUCCUGCUCAGCGCUUCGACCUUCGAGUUCUUCACACCGUUCGUGUCGGUGGCCUUCUUCAACCUCAGCAUCUACCUUAACAUCCACCGGAGGAACAAGAGCGGGAACGGCGGUGCCGAGGACGAGGCCAAGCCGCAGAGAAAACCCAAGAAGUACAGAGACGGCGCGGGGGCCUGGUCCGUGUUUUUCGUCAAGUCUCGGAAGGUGACCUCCAGCGAGCCUGCUGCUAUCUCGGCGGUCAUAGAGGACGAUGACAUUCUGUCGCCCUCCUCCAGCGGCUGCCCUGACACCAGUCAGAUUUUUGUGCAGAGGGAGAAGUUCUCUCCUCACCGGAAAAACUCCAGGCUGUUUCAGCACACCGCUUCCUGCAUGGCGCCGGGCCGGAGAACUCCCGGAUCCCGCCUUUCCCGAGACAAAAAGAUCGCCAAGUCAUUGGCUAUCAUCGUCUGUAUUUUUGGGAUAUGCUGGGCUCCGUACACUCUGCUCAUGAUCAUCCGCGCCGCCUGUGGCGGCGAAUGUGUGGCGCACUACUGGUAUGAGAUCACGUUCUGGCUCCUGUGGCUGAACUCGGCCAUCAACCCGUUCCUGUACCCUUUGUGCCACAGCAGCUUCCGAAGAGCUUUCUCAAAGAUACUGUGUCCGAAGAGGCAGUCGGUGCAGCCUCAAAUCGAGGUUCAGUCUUGCUAGAUGAACUCAGCUGCACAGCCAUAUUUGAAGAAUGCAUUUAGUGUUUGAUGGUGAAAAGCUGUAAAAACUCAUACAAUGUUCUUCCACAAAAAAAAAAGGUUUCAAACCAAGAAGGUGUGUUUGCAUUUAAAGGGAUAGUUUGGCUCUUACCCUUGAAUGGGCAGGUGUCGUAUCUACUGGUGGGUGACAUGGACUAAAAAUUUUAUCACGAUAUUUUGUGAUACUAUGGCGAUAAUGAUGCAAGUUACAUUACAUGAUGCAAUGAUGCAUUACAGGUCACUGCGUAGCUGUGACUGCAUGACACAUCAAUUUUAUUUUAUUUCUGCAACGCAAACACUGCUUUUGAAAAACCAUUUUUAAUGCGCCUCUUUAGGAUACCAGUCACUAAACUUCACACAAUAACUGCUUAAUUUUUUCAAAUUUGUUGACGUUUGUUGACACUCUGGCAUCAGACAAACAGUAUAGAAAAUAGUCAAAUUAACAAUCUGACAACAGAGUUUGUUUUUUUUCUUAAGCAUCUUUAAUUGGAAUUUGUCAUGACGACAAAUCAAAAUUCUUCUAAAUAAUUUAUCGCGGUGAAAGACAAACAAUGCACUAAAUGCACACCUCUUGUCAUAUUGUGAAGAAAACCUAAAAGCAAUGAAAGGCUAACAGCUAAUCUGACCCGCUCGCUAUUUCAGCCGUAAUUCCAAUUUAAAACAACUCAAACCAAAAAUAACAUUCCUACAGGAUACAGCACGAGAUUAGUGGAUAUUGUAUGUGUAUAAGUUUUUUUAGGAGACCAUUGGUUGCUGUUUAAUUAGCUGAACAUCUUCUGUGUAAUUACGCUAAAGCUAUGUUAGCAUAAACUGCUGGCUGUUUCCCUUCUCACCAGCUGUGUACUGUGUUUGGCUUUUUGCCUGCUGAGGGGUAAAAGUAACGUUUUGGAUAAUCUGUUUGGCUGUUUUGUGCAACUACUGUAUAUCACAACAGUUUCAACUUUAUGUAAGUGUCCGGAGUAACAACGACAUUGCCCAUAGCUAAGAAAACAGCACCAAACCUAAGGUUGAUAUCGGCUAGUACCGUGUUGUAUCCCACGGACAAGAGUUGAUUUUGGUUUGAGCUCUUUUAACUCAUCCAGAACCAACUGAGCUGUGUUGUUAUUUGUAACAGUUUCCUUUCCUGUGAUAGAAAAAUGUCAAAUUGCAACAACUUUGUCGAGAACUGGAUUCUUCAUCGCAAAGGAAGACUAUUAGUUAGUAAAGCCCCACUGCUUUAAUGCUAUUAUUUUUAUCUUUCCUUCCCGAACUGCCUCAAAAAUUUUAGGAUAAAUCUUUGUUCAAUAGGGAAAGAAACUGCUGUGAACAACAACCUCCGCUUCAUUUCAAGGCACCCUGACAAUUCCCUUUCAGCGAGAAUUGCCAGGACACAUUUGACCGCAAUGAAACGAUGCAAAACCGUCUGGAAUAUGUUUAUAACGACAGAGUAGGGGAGUGGAGUCCCACUGAAUCUGCAUCAGUAGGUAUAAAUACUCAUGACGAGAGUGCCCUCAAGAGCCAGAGUCACAUCUUUUAUUUAAGAGCUGUCAAACGUUGGUUUCAAAAUGUAUGUAAACCUUCAGUGUGACCAGAUCGAGAUGGAUUAAUGUGGUUUGAGCUAUGGGAAUUUAAUGAGCUAAAAAGCUGUGAGGUGGUGAUUUAUGUAGCCAGGUAGUCGGUGAUUCCCAUCAUUUAGUCCAGGUUAUUACAUUAGGCCUCCUGUACAGCACAUAAAAAUGAUAAAUUAGUUUCUGUCUGUCUGAAUAGAAGCAACCAGAAAGACUUAGACGUCGUCUUUUUUUCUUUUAAGACGGAAAACCUCUUAAAUCUCAUUUGUGUCAAGCUAAUAAGAAAUAAGGACGUAAGGCUUUUUGUUUAAUGAUUUAAAACUCUUGUCUGCACACGCCGUCCUUUUUCCUUUACCUUCUCUAAUCCAUAGAUGAGAAACCUCUAGCAUAUGCCUUCAAAAAGCCAAUUCAAGCUUUUCAUCGUGCGGCAAUAGAAUUACUAAUGCUCAAGUCCUCAAACAUCAAAGCACAAGAAGAACCGACCGCUGUCUUUUCUAUCACUCGUCUUAUGUUGCCUACACAACGUUUAUAUUUAAAUGCAGCUGUUGUUGAUGUCAGUAAUGUCAUGAUGAAAUGAAAAACAAGAUUAAACGCUUUGUUCACCCAGACCUGCUCAAGACAAACCUUUGCCUCGUUGCAUAGAGUGAAACCAAAAUGUCCGAUGCUGCUUGGUGACUCGUGUCCGGGGACUGCGGGAUGUUUUGCUCUGAUGUAGAGCGUGUUGCUCUCUGGACCCAAUAGACGAUGACUCAUCUUGAAAUUUUGCCUGUUUUGCUGAAUAAUAAGGAAUCAUUUGUGUGUGAUCUGUUGGUUUUUCUCUAAAUCUGGUCAUGAAGUUAACAAUCAUCCUGGUUGUAAAUAUCAUCUCUAUUUUGAGCUUUUAGUGAUUUAUAUAAACAAUUUUAGCCAUAAGGUUGGAAUGAAAACACAACUUCAAACAUUUCUUGAGAACAAGCCGUAUUUAAUCCACACAGAUGAGUCUGUGUUUGUUUUGACUCCAGCCAGAUUGAGGGUCGAGGUAGUCUUUUUUAAAAUGCCAACAUGUUUCUUUUGAAGCAAUACCAACGUUUUGAAGCAUCCUGCAGGCCCUUAGGGGACUCCUUCAUGUCAAUGUCCCAACUCGAAUCAACUAGAGAAUCUGUAGACGGCACUACAGGUUAGGGUGAUGGCAAGGAGGUCUUUCAACCUCAAAGGCUUGGAGCUCAUCACCAAAGAUAAAUGGUCAAAUUAGCAAAAGAAACAUCCAUAAAGCCAACUAGAAUUUUCACAUCACAUUUUUAAAUUACGCAAUAAAAUUGCAUUAUCUAAUAUCGUUUUGUGUUUUUAGAAAUGUCUGUCAUUCCCCAUCUCAGACAUCUUGAAUUUCUUUUUUUUAUUUUUUAUCCAGCAUGUCCAAGGGUAUUCACAUUCACUCUUGGUACUAUUUGAUUAAAUAUCCCUUAGCAUCUACAUGCCUUUUGGUUUCCAUCAACAAAUUUUAGCUGGAUACCUGAGUGCCGUUUCCAGCGGUAUUGAUACAGUUUUUACAAGUUUUGACAUGCCUGGCUUUUAUUUCUUUCAGAUUUCUAACACAGCUGAGGUCAGAUGUGGUCUGUUUUAGCCAUUCCUAAACUCAUUUAGACGUAUCUGUUGUCCUGCUAAAACAACCUGACUGGGUCAAGGUUUCUUCAGUCUAGUCUUGAUGUCAAACAGGAUUUAAAGAUAUAGAUGAAAUAUUUUUUUUGUCUUUCUCCUUAGUCCAGCCACUUUUGGUAACCACGGUGGGCAAAACAGUCCCACAGCAUGACGGUACCGUAUUCUUCAAUUUGAAAGAAUAACAUGGAGUUUUGCAGACAUUCACUUUCCCCCCUCCUCCCUAGAGGCCUAGUAGCUCAUUCUUAGUCUUUGUCUGGUCAGAAAACUUUUCUCUAGAAGCUCAGUUCUAUCAAGCCUCUUUGGAGCAGGUUUUAUUUUCUGGUCAGCAUAUUCUCUCACUCCAUGGCAACAUAAAAGUUGUUUCACUUCUGCUGCCUUUCCUCUGCAGUUUGUGACAAACUUGAGCUUGUGUGGUGCUCCACAUUUUCUGGAUAUUUUUUAUUUUUUUAUCAUUUAUUUUAUUUGACGGUGACAUUUUGUACAAUAUUUGUUAAAACUUGAUCACAUUUAGGUCUUCCAACAUACCAAUAAUCCCAAACAAACAAUCUGGUUUUAGGACUGUUAAUGUAGGCUAACAUUUAGCUUUUGAAUGGGCCUUUUUAACAUCUGGAUACAUACUCUAUUGAAAAAAAAAAAACCCAGUUGGAAUUAACUGCUAAUCCAGAUUAUUUCCAUGCAAGAAGCUUGAGAAAAAAAAUGCAAUCUAUUUAUUGUUUCUUUGCUGUGAUAAUAUCUAUUGGGAACAAAUGCAAUCCUGUUAGAAAGUCCAUCCAUCCAUUUUCUGUUCACUCUUUGUCCCUAGUGGGGUCAGGAGGGUUGCUGGUUCCUCUCCAGCUACGUUCUGGGCGAGAGGCGGGGUUCACCCUGGACACGUCGCCAGUCUGUCGCAGACACUUUAAUCCUAUUUGCAUAAUAAUUUGGAUCACAGUGUGUUUUGGACAACAGAGUUUGCUCCGUUGGUAAGACGAUGUCUGCCAAUGCUUCCUGAAACUCGUCUUGAUGCUGUUUUGGACUGCGAUUUCCUCCGGUGAUAACAAACCUUGUUUUUCCACCCACACCAUGAAGCCGCUGCCUCCACCAACAGCUGUUUGGCUGCGGAAGAGAGGAUUUGGACACAAUCGACUCUGCUGCUCAACAUUAAAAGGCAUUCUCUUACAAAUCAGAAACACCCUUUCCGAUUUUCAAGCUCUAUUCCCAAAUCUGUGUUGUUUCAAUAGAGAAAUAAUCAACCAAAUUAAAAUUUCCUCAUCUUUUGUGCUAAAAUUAAAUAAUUAAACCUGUAUUUAUACAUUUUUGACACCGUAGAGAUUUUAAUCUUCACCAUGUGCCAUGUCUGUUCCUGUUUAUUGAUAUCACUGAAGCUGUUUGGUGGGUAAUCAUUUCAUUCUGGAAAUGAAAAGGCUUUAUGCAUCCUUGGGAGAGCAAAAUGAAUGUGAAACAUUCAUAUUAUAGAGGAGUGAAUGGAGAAUUUUGACCCUGAAUACCCAAUUCACUAUAGAACAUCUGGCUCAAUUUUUAUGCACCAUCAUUUGUUCAAAAGGCUUCAUAUUUUAGAUAACUCAUAUUUAAAACGUACAAUCUGUCUUCGGCCUUUAUUGGAUCUGCCAAUUGAGUUGCCUUCUCUUCUCUGGACUUUUUAUUUAUUAUACAACAACGUUGGGGUUGAAGUUCUUCAUAUCCACACCGACUCAGUUAAGCCAAAAAUGUUUAAAUAAUCAGUUUACAGGAACGAUUUGAAGCCACAUGUUUCAUAGUUUUGUUCAAAGGCUACGCUGGAUCUUUACAGCUGAAUUUUUAUUUUUAUUUUGUUUAGGUAUGAUGCUCAAGUUUAAAUUUGGUUCUCUAACAAGAAGAUAAACAAGUCAAAUGAGUUCCAGCUAAUAAAGUCGCCUCUCAUGCAAUAUGACGUCCAUUUUAUUUUCUCAUUGUCAUUUCCUAUUUUUGAAAUGCAUUUUUUUGACAGCCUGUCACUUUAAGAAAGAAAUCUCUACCCACAUUUGGCAGACACACACACACACACACACACACCAAACCAGUCAUAACUUCAUGCUGCUGAUCUUCAUAGAGCUCAAUCUUUUCCAUGGCAUUUAAAAAAAGAAAGACAAGUUGUUCUCUUUCACAUUUAUUUCCUAAAAAUAUUUGAGGGGCAAGCAAAUCCCGACACGGCGACGUGACAGCAGGAACUCGCUGUCACGUCCAGCAGGACAGCAGUGAAAAAUCACAUAAAUUGGUGAGAAGUGGCUGAAGGAACAUUCGCCACCUAAACCCCACAGCUGCAAUCUCGAUGGGGUCAGAUUCCAGAUGUGUGAUGAAGGCGCAGUUCCCAAAACAAACAACAACAAAAAAAAUCCCCGACCUAAAACUCCCAGAGACCAGAGGAAAUAAUGUUCAUGCUGCGGUGCCAGACACUCCAGGACGCCCCCGCAUGUUUUCUGUCCGCACCUUAACGAGUCUUGACUGUUUAUGGUGCAAACGGGACAACCACUAAAUAUUAUGUGAGUGGCCAGAAAAAACAUCCAAGUUUCUCCGUGUUUGUAGCACCAAAAAGAAAUACUGGCCUGAAUUUGGAUUUAGGAGUUGCGCCUGUAGAGAUAGGCUGGAAAGAAAAUAACAAAAAAUAAAAACAUUUGCAUUGAUACCAGCUGGAUUUGGAGCACAGCCUGCGGUGAAGGAAGUAUUUUGAAAUGCUCUUGUAAUAUUGAGUCAGAUUACAAAAUCAGAAAUAACGAUGUCAGGAGGGCACUUAAAACACCAGAAAACUCAGCAUGGGUUGUCAUGAAGCAUGAAUAUUCAUGCUGCCUCGGUUACUUUCUCUAUAAAAGAACAGAGAGAGCUCAGUUACUUGAAAAGGACAGACAAAAAUGGGUGAAUAUAAUUUCAUCACGUAGAAGGAAAUAAAUAAAAAAAAAUAGAAAGAUUAGUUAAGACGUAGAUUUGCUCGCCUUAUCUUACUCUAAGACAAAUCGGUGAAAGGCAAAUAUUUGUGCUGCAUCUUCACUGCUGCCGAAACAUGCCAAGUAAAAAAAUUUACAGCAAAUCUAAACCUUAAAUCAUAUCUAUCUUUGAUUAGUUUGUUUGGGUCUGCAGAUUAAAGGGGUGUUAUCAUGUAUUCUCCAGGCACAUCGUGUCAUUUAAUAGCACAAUCAAGUAACUAUGUUACCUUAAGUUGUUAUAUACGUUGUGUGUAUAUCAAAAAUAAUUUAAGGGAAAUUUGACUCUGAAAUUGGCUACUGUCUCUUUAAGAAGCUCCUACUCUCUCCGAGGCUCCAUCUUCAUCACGCCAUCACAACAGUUCUUCUCAUUAAGCUGUUAACAACCAUUUGUAGGAGCGUUGGACUGACAAGUAGUUUAUGCGAUGAGCUCAGCAGAUGCGCAGUUCCUCCAGGUGUUUGCUAAUUGCUGCUGCCGCUAGUCUGGGGGAGCUGAAUGGGGGAGCUGUGGGAGAGGGGCGCUCUGUGAGGCGGAAGCUCCAAGGAGGAGCUCCGUGGAAAUGGGUGGC